AUGCUCGUCAUCGGCCUCACAGGGUCCAUCGCCACGGGCAAAUCAACCGUCUCGGCCCUGCUCUCCCAGCCCCCCUAUUCGCUCCCCGUCAUAGACGCCGACCUGCUCGCGCGCAAGGUCGUCGAGCCCGGAACACCAGGCUACCGCGCCAUCGUCGAGUACUUUGGCCCUUCUACCCCGGACCUUCUCGUCCCCGCUGGGCCGGACAUGCCCCUCUCAGGCCCGUCCGGCCACGGCCGCCCCCUCAACCGCCCUGCGCUCGGCCGCCGCGUGUUUGGUGAUGACGAGCAGCGCAGACGCGACCGCGCCGUGCUCAACUCCAUCGUCCAUCCCGCCGUCAGGCGCGAGAUGCUCAAGGCCGUCGUGGGCAACUACCUGAGGGGUUGCAGGGCGGUCGUGCUGGACGUGCCGCUCCUGUUCGAGAGCGCGCUGGACCGCUUCUGUGGCGCCGUCCUCGUCGUUGCGGUCAAAGACCCCGCGGUGCAAAUGGCCCGGCUGCGGGCCAGGGAUCCGCACCUGACCGCCGAGGACGCCGAGAACAGAGUGCGCAGCCAGGGGGACGUGCGGGAUAAGGCUCGGCGGUGCGAGGCUAGGGGGAGAGGGAGGGGUGUGGUGGUGUGGAAUGAUGGCGGCAAGGAGGAGUUGCGGGCUGAGGUUGGCAGGGUCAUGCGGGAGCUGGACAGGUACAGUCCCAAGUGGUGGAGUUGGUUUCUCUGGGCGUGCCCCCCGGCGGCGGUGCUGCUGGGUGUUUGGAACUACUGGAGGAAUCUGAGGAUCAAUAAGGCCUGGGCACAGCAGGAGUUGAGGGAGAGGGCAAAGCUGUGA